AUGCGUCCAAGUGUGGACGGAGGCACCAUGCCUCCAUACACUUGGACGGAAGCAUCUCAAGUAAUGGAGGCAUGCGCUUCUUCAGUGGUUGCCACAUCGGGAGGUGGAGCUCAGCAAAAAACAUUUUUAUUUCACGAGAAAUCUAGCAGUUCUAGCUCCGUUUUCAGGUUUUCUCUGGUUAGGGAUGUAGAGGAGACCAGUGAAGAUCCGAAGAAAUCGGAUUUAACUGAUGGCCUGAUAGUGAAGAGGCAGGUAACUCGGUGUUCCGGUUGCCGAAGGAAGGUAGGGUUGACCGGAUUCCGAUGCCGUUGCGGUGAACUUUUCUGCGCCGAGCAUCGGUACUCCGACCGGCACGAUUGUAGCUACGACUAUAAGGCUGCCGGACGAGAGGCCAUCGCGAAGGAAAAUCCGUUGGUAAAAGCAGCCAAAAUUGUCAAGAUCUGA